GACGAGAUAGGACUAUCAAUUGAGGUAGCAAGAUGGCAUUCGGAGAGACCAGGUGUAAGGCGAAUGACUAUGCCAAGAGACCGAGACAUGAUGACCUGGAACUUGGCCCGAGAACAGUCGUAGCAAGGUGCUGUCCUCUCAUCGGAAUGAAGCACUGGCAAGACUCCUUGAGCCAUGGGUCAUGGGCUCCCGGGUGGAAACCUUCACAAGUGAGAGCCACCAUCCAGGAUGAGGGAUUUUCGAGGUAUUCGCUAUGCAUUGGGAGGAAAAUGAAUUGCCACGACAGCUGGCUGCAUGGAUUCUUGGACCGAUGGGCAGAUUUUUUCGGAGGGCCGAUUCGAGUUGAAGUGGACAUCCUUGGGUAUCCACUGUUCGGGAAACCCAAGAUGUCCAACCGCAGCAGUUGUUGGAGAAAGAUUGUUCUCCAAACCGGUGGACGAGAAGCCAUCCCAUGUCAAGAGAUGGUGAUCGACGUUCCAUGGAUACCGGAAGACGUGGAAGCUAAACAGCUCCUUUGAAUAUCAAUGAAACAUAAAUAGGGCCGCGUGAUCCCUAGGAAUCAUCAAUUUCGGAUUGGGACCAGUUUCAGGCACGCUACUUGACUCUUCAAUAAGCUUCGUUCACUUCGAGCCUAUCAGAUUGCUCCUGUACGGAUAGAGAAAUCUGAUCCAACCAAUUGAAUCGAGUGGCUAGGCUGAAACAACGAUUCCGCAUCAAUAAAAGGUGAGUCUGGUAGCGAGUUGAAGAGGGCGUUCACUGAUGAAACAGACAGGCAUGUGCUUCUACAACCAGAGACGAUUCACCUGCGGAGACUGGAUGUGGACGAAC